AUGUUUAUGGUGAUUAAUAGUACCAUGAUCGAAGUGUGUACUACGACAACAACUACUAAUUACUACUACUAUUACUAUUACUGCUACUGCUACUACUACUACUACUACCACUACUACAUAACAACAACAACAACUACUACCACUACUACAACUACUACUACUACUACUAUUUCUAUUACUACUUCUACUACUGCUACAACUUCUACUACUACUACUACAACAAUAAAAGCAGUAGCAAGAGCAGCAAAAUUUUCGGGUGCCAGCCUGAGCCAACCUAUAGCCGACAUUAUAGCCCCUCCCUUCUACACCUCUCUUCUUUGA